AUGGCUUCAAAUUCGACUUGUCUAGCUAUUAUUCAUAUUCGGGACUUCGUCGAGCAGGUCGAGCCGGACCCUACGCGUCCCGGUAAAGGGUUUUCGAUGCAGCUCCGUAUAUCACUCAACAUACCUUUAAAGGACAUUCAAUCAGACGACGUGGAACAAGACGAAAUUCCUACAUUGCUUAGAUUUUUUAACGAGGGUAACCAGUCCGACCUUUAUAAGUCAAACACCUUUAUCUACUCCUCGGGAUCUUUCCUAACCACCUCAUCCGAUGACGAUGAUUUUCAUGUUAUUAUCCACGCUCACACUUUAGACCGUCAUCCGGGUGAUGAAGACAACACUGAUAUAUAUUUCAUGCACUGUCCCGAAGCCGCUCAACCUACGGUGACAUUCCUUGGUAUUGUACUUGAACGCGGUGGUCAACUAAACGACGGGCCAACUCUUCUGCAUUACCGUCUCCAAACUACUGUGUACAACAGUUCUGCUCGAACCUACCACACCUUUCCAGUCACCGCGUACUUCAAAAAUGGUCAGCGAUGGGCGAACUUUCCACCACUGAACCCCAAUUCCUAUGUUUUCUUGACAGGUCACAUUUUCGGCCUCACAAAAGAACGUCGCCAAUUAGCGGUCGUCACUGACGAUAUACAUUUCCUCCCAAGACCGAGUCAUCCUUUACCCGCCACCCCUUCUUCGACUGGUAAACGGAAACGUGUAGACCGUUGGUCUCAAAGGGCUGGCCCUCAAACCCCGAGCAAAUCGGCGCCAAGUUCGCGGACUGAAUCGCUCCCUACCCAUCCGCAACUACGUUCACCUGAAGUGGUUGCGCUAGAUGAGGAGGAUGAAGAAUCCACACAAAUUACAUGGCCAGAAACCACUGACGAAAACGAACACUCGCCACCUGCUGCAACACCACCCCCAGAGAGGCGUUCUCGAAGAAAACGUAAAACAUCAUACACAAUCAAAGAGUGA